AUGUUCUUGACCCAGACGACAGCGGCAGAUUACGAACAACUAUGCAAAUUAGAUGUUCUAGGAUUGCGUGACACACCAGGCGGAGAUCAAGCAGAUGUUUAUGAAGAAUUCAAGGAACAAUUAACACGAGGGCCAGAGGGAUGGUACGAGACGGGGCUACCCUGGAGGGGAAACCACCCUCCACUGCCCAACCACAGAGCGGGAAGCUUGAAGCGAUUGGAAAGUACCAUUCGGAAACUGGAGAAGAACGGAAUACUCCAGAAGUAUGACGCCAUAAUUAAAGACCAGCUUAACGAAGGAAUAGUGGAGCGAGUGUCAGGCCCACCAGUGGGAAAGGAGUUCUAUAUUCCACAUAAAGCAGUGGUGAGAGAAGCUGCAGAGAGUACCAAACUUCGAAUCGUGUACGACGCCUCUGCCCGAGCUUCAGAGAAGGCUCCUUCUCUCAACGAGUGCCUUCAUGCGGGACCUCCGUUGCAGAACAAGCUUUGGGCUGUUCUUGUCCGUGCACGUUUCCACCCAGUCGCGUUAACAGGUGAUAUCAAGCAAGCGUUCUUACAAGUACGAAUACGGGAAGAAGACAGGGAUGCCAUGAGAUUCCACUGGAUCACGGACUUGCAAUCCAGGCGAGUGGAAAUACUGAGAUUCACGAGAGCUCUGUUUGGUUUGGCCCCAUCGCCCUUUCUUCUUGGGGGAGUUAUCAAACAACACCUGGAAGCCUGUCGUACCGAGAAUCCGGACCUGGUGAGGGAAAUAGAGAAGAGUCUAUACGUCGCUGACCUUAUCAGCGGGGGACCCACCGUAAAAGCUGCCCUUGAAGUCAAAGCAGGCGUUACCCAUGUCUUUAACCAAGCCUCAUUCAAGCUGCACAAGUGGCAUUCAAAUGUUCCGGCAGUGGAGUCCCCUGGUGAUUCUCUUAGCGAAGAUACUACAUUCGCGAAAGAACAGUUGGGUGCACCUCAAGAAGGAGGGGGAUCUAUUCUCGGGCUUCCAUGGAACAAGCGACAAGAUACCAUUGAAAUAAAUUUCCCAACUGACCGCACCCAAGUGACAAAGAGAGGGAUACUAGCGAAGAUAGCAAGAGUGUAUGACCCGUUAGGGCUCGCAGCGCCUAUGACAUUGAGUGGAAAACUACUGUACCGAGACGCAUGUGAUUUGAAAGUCAGAUGGGAUGCUCAACUUCCUGGUCAACUGGGAACCAAGUGGUCAAGAUGGGAAGCACAGCUACCAGUGAGCAUUUCCGUACCCAGAGCCAUACCUCAACACUUUGAAGAGAUCAGCAACAUUGAGCUACAUUGUUUCGGCGACGCAAGCGGCCAAGGCGUUUCUGCGGCAGUGUACGGUGUCAUAUCUCAACCAUCCGGUGAUAGUGUUGGGCUGAUAGCAGCCAAAGCUAGACUGGCGAAGCAAGGCCUCACCAUCCCCCGCCUCGAGUUGGUCUCCGGUCACAUGGCGACCAAUCUCAUUGUGAACGUUAAGGAAGCAUUAGAGGGUUUCCCAGUUGGAAAUAUGGUUUGCUGGUUGGACAGCAGCGUUGCGUUACAUUGGAUCAAGGGAGCAGGGAGUUACAAGCAGUUCGUAAGCAAUCGAGUGCAGAAAAUCCAGCAACACCCAGAAGUAAACUGGCGUCAUGUGGGUACAAAGGACAACCCAGCUGACCUUGGCAGUCGGAGCGGAAGCGUGGAAAAUGAAGAGCUAUGGUGGAGAGGGCCUGAGUGGCUACUAGACCGAGAGCGAUGGCCAGCCGAUAUUAAGACAACGGCCACACCAGACAGUCAGGCGGAAGCAAAAGUGAUACGGGACGUAUUCGCUGUAGCACAAGCUAAGACAGACAUCCUAGACGCCUUGCUGAUCAAGUUCAACUUAUGGAAAACCCUAAGGGUUUGUGCGUGGGUGACUCGAUUCAUACAUAACCUACGGAGCGAAAAGACGAGAAGAUCUAAGGGACCACUCACGACAGAGGAGAUCGAGAUGCAGCGACACCUGUGGCUAAAGCGAACACAGGUGAAAUUCAAGAGAGACGAGCGGUUCGAAGAUCAUCGUGUUCAGCUGAACCUACAAGAAAACGCAGACGGGUUACUGGAAUGCCGAGGGCGGAUUCAGGGAGACUAUCCCAUUUACUUGCCUGAGUCUCAUCCGUUCGCGGAGAUGGUGGCAGACGCACAUAUCAGGACACUCCACGGGGGAGUGAGCCUCACAAUGGCAAAGAUUCGUGAAAGGUACUGGGUUCCCAGGUUGCGUCGCCUUGCAAAAAGAGUCGUUAAAGCUUGUAACGGCUGCAAGCGGUUCCACGCCACAGCGUUUGCGGUUCCGCCACCAGGACAGCUACCAAGGGAUCGUACCGAAGGAGAAAAUGCGUUCCAAGUAGUCGGAGUGGAUUUCGCCGGACCACUGAAGUAUAGAAAGGGAAGGAAUCAUGAAGGCAAAGCUUACAUAACGCUUUACGCCUGUAGCCUGACCAGAGGUAUUUACCUUGAGCUACUACCCAGCCUAGAAACGGGAGAAUUCCUUCGAUGCCUGAAACGGUUUAUCGCCCGACGUGGGCGGCCAGAAAAGAUUUACUCAGACAACGGGAGUACCUUCGUGGCAGCAGCUAAGUGGCUGAAACAAAAAUCAAGUGGCAAUUCAACCUGA